UUGUUAGAGAUACAACAGCACAUACCCUACAUAUUUGUCAAAAUAGUGUUUAUUUAAUGCUGUCCAGAUGAAACUACUUAUUGUCAUACACGCUGGCUCUAAAUGGAACAACCCCAAUAAAUCACUGCCUCCCACGGACGAAACGCAGCUUACAAUUUUGCGGUAGAGUUUGACAAAACUUAUUUAGUCAAGAGAAAAAUUGUCUGGCGGUGAAUCAGCUGUGAUAUACCACGGGGACUAGGUACAUGUAGCAUAGGCUGUGGCAGACGUAGCGGUGAAGACAGUAGAUCCUAGAUGUACGGGAAGGGCCAUUUCGUUCGUUACUUGAAGAUCUGAAGAGUUCAGGAACCAGAAAGGUUAUGAUAAUUACACCUUCACCUUUACACCGCUAGGAGUGUACAAGUGUAUUUUAUGUUCGUUCACAAUGGGCUGAAUGGUAGUUUGUGACCCUCAUGCCGGUUCUAAGUCGGUGGAAAACCCCGCAUUAUUUCUUGGAAUAUUUUGUCCGUGACGAAUGAUCAUUCAACGGCACACAAACUUGAACUCUGUGUACGACAUUACAAUAACAGUGGAUUGUCAACUUCAAGCUAGCUGUUCUCACAGCGUCCCGCUGUGUUGCGAACUCCAUUUUCGAGUUGUCACGGCUGGAGCUUUUGCCGCUGAAAUUGUUCAGACCCUACAGAGGAUGGAGAGUUGAAUUCAACUUGCAAGUCGUGUUGUGAACGCAGGUUUGAAGAAUAUAGAUGAAUUGGUUUCGCCUGUCAAUGUGUACCUGCAACUCAAUCAAACUUCCGAACAGUUUUCAUUCAUCAUUAGAUAUACAUUUUGACCUGCUGAGGUCCCAUUCGGUCAAAGCCACUGUCUACUAGCAAAAGUAAUAAUUGUUUCAAUCGCCAAGUCGGACAGGAGACCAUUCCAAUUGGUAAAAGACAAUGGGUUUUACGUACCCGGUGUCAUUGUCGAGGGCAUGCACGCCACAACCACGUGGCCGUGUUUUCCCGAUCUUCGCUGCAUUUGUGAUUGUCUGUGCUUGGUUCGACGUUUCCACCAACGCAGCCAGUUACUGCUUCAGCUGCAAUGAGACCGUCUUGGACUGCGACAUGGAUCGCCUGGUCUGCCGAAGCCGGUGCGACGAGAAGGUUGCUUGCCAAAGCAGCAAUUCGUAUUGCCUGAUAGCCACGUACACUGCCGGAAGCGACGUUCAGGAGUUUGCCUCCGUAACAUGCUUCGAGAACCAACCGCUGAGUGAGAGUGACGUCACCCCUCAUUACUGUGGUGCGCCGGACACCGAUUACUCCACCGACGAUUCGUACUGGUUUAUAUACACCUGCACGUGCACGCACGACUACUGCAACGACGCCAUCUACCUUCCCGGGGCGGAAGUGCCGAAACCGACGCCGCAUCCACCAACCACUGAGCAAGGGACACCAUCCAAAGAAGGCCCAAAUCCUGUGACAACACCAAAGGAUGACAAUGUGUCAAAUGAUGAAGACUCAGACGGAGGGAUGAAAACCCUGACCAUCGUGUUGGCGUCAAGCCUUCCAGUAGUGAUAGUCGCUGUGCUUGGGGUCAGUGGGUUCUACAUCUACCGAUACUGCCAAAAACUGAAGCAGGACCGCAAGCCGCACCCUCCCACAAGUAACACAGAGAGCACCAGCCUGGACCUGACGACUGAGGAUAGUGAUGUCAAGGUCAUAGGCCAAGACACACCGCCUGAGAGUCCUGUGCACCUGCGCGGCAAUUAUCUGCCCAUCUCUCUGAGCACGGUGAUUGGGAGAGGACGCUUCGGCGCGGUCUGGAAGGCGGACCUGAAGGAGGGCGACGGCCCCGCCGACGAGACGGUCGUGGCUGUCAAGAUCUUCCACGAGAUCGACUCAGCCUCCUGGAGCGUGGAGAAGGAGAUGUUCACUGACGAGACGGUCAUGCUCAAGCACGACAACGUGGUGGAGUUCAUCGCGGCCGAAGUUCGGCAGGGCAGCUAUGACUCCCAACGCCAGUUCUGGUUGGUCACCAGGUACUACUCUAAGGGCUCACUGUACCAGUACCUGAAGCAUCACACUGUUGGCUGGCAGGAAUUGUGCCGGCUGGCGGGCACGACGGCCCGCGGGGUCGCACAUCUUCACGCCGAGGUAUACGGGCCGCAUGGCCUCCACAAGGUCCCCGUGGCUCACCGGGACCUGAAGAGCUCCAACGUGCUGGUGAAAGAUGACGGGACGUGCGCCAUAGCAGACUUCGGAUUGUCUAUACAACUAGACCCGACGCUGUCUAUUGACCAAUUGGCAAAUAGCGGUCAGGCGGGAACCCCCCGCUACAUGGCCCCUGAAGCCUUGGAGAGCAAAGUCAACCUUCACGACAUCGAGUCCUUUAAACAGAUGGACGUGUACUCUCUCAGUCUCAUCGUUUGGGAGAUAGCAAAACGAUGCCACAUUGGCGACGUGGUGUCAGCAGCACCGGAGCACCAGCUCCCAUUUUUUGACAGCGUCGCCGGUAGGGCGAACAUCGAGGACAUGAAGACGGUAGUUGCACUGCAGAGAGAACGGCCCACCAUCCCACCUUCGUGGAGUGAAAAUACGGGGAUGCAGCUUGUAUCGGCUACCAUGGAGGACUGCUGGGAUAGCGACCCAGAGGCUCGGCUCACAGCGCACUGCGUGGAGGCCCGUUUCACGGAAAUCAUCACCUGGACUGAGGGCGAACAGAACCCGGGGCACAAUGAUAUUAACACUAUUACUGUGGUUUGAGCCACCACUCGGUGACUCGGGUCGAAACAUGAGAAAAUUUAACGUUUGCGACCCCAUGCGUCAUUUAAGUUGGGAAGGUUGUGUCAAAAUCAUAACAAUCAAAACGGUUCUUCAAGUAACGAUAGCUGCAGAUGUUAGAUAAUUAUUGAGCCUUUUGUGCAAUUAUCAUACAGUUAUACAAAGUGCCUCUGCUAGUAUCCGUCGCCCUAGCUGUGGUGACAACUAAUUUCUUGGAGCUCAACAAUCCCAUUGACAUAAGACUUGUCUGAGAGGGCUUCCAGAGUUAAAGCUACAUCUAUUGUCAGCGUGUCGUUGCGUACUUCCAAUGGAGCUAAGACCCAGGCCUAGCUCUAGACAACAGAUUCGGAUGUGCAGCCUAACUUAAUGAAUUACGGCAAAAGAUUCUAACAAUACUUUGCGUUUCGUUUGCAGUAUUUUGUUGAAGAGAUUAACCGUCAACGGCGCGCGGGUAGUGGCUACGAGCAAACAAGUGCCAUAAAUGGUGAUCUUUGAAUCAUGCACAUUUUUGCUUUCUAUGCAUUUUUGAGUGUAAAUAUUCCUUAUUUUAUGUGUAAAUAUAUCAGACAUGACUAGAGCAAUACUUUUUACGUUCUUAUUCGACAGAGUAAUCCCAGAAAGUUCUAAUCUUUUGUAUCAAAGGUUCCAGCCGUCAAUUCCUCGAUAGACCGCAUGGACAUCUUAAGUAGUAGUUGGCGUUUUACUCUCUCAAACCGUGAAUGUGUGCCUCCAAUUACAAUGGAUAUGUUCAGUGCCGUACCGAAUCCGAACUGGCUGUGGUCAGCCAGUGCUUGCUCGAUUAUCUCGAUAUCUUGAGGUAUGUUAUCAUAGGCACGUAUGUAUCACAUUCCGUAACCAUUUCACAUUCCUGUAUGCUGACAUAACAGGACAAUGUUCAUUGCUCCUUUCAUCUGACGCUGUCACAUUAAUAGGUUAUCGACCCCCCCCCGGCCGAACACACAGGAACAAAACAAACCAACCAACAACAAAACAACAAAGUUUCAUAGACAUUUUUAUCCCUUGACUCUUUGUGGUCUUCCGUGAGGUCCAUAAAAACGUCACGUUACAUGACUGUGAAAAUCCCAGAAACCUUAAAACUGUAGGCAUUUAACUGCACUUGACCGAUUGCUCCCACCAGAUCAGUCAAUGUCAUGUGAAAUACUGGUAUCUAACUUCACCGUUAAUUUUCUGUCAGAAUCUUCACGCUUAAAUCAUUCCUCUGUAAGUAGCUUUAUAGGCAGCUGAAAAAAGUUUUUAUAUAAAAUAAUUACACGAAUCAGAUACAAUUUUCGCUAAAUUAUGGUUUUACGUGUAUUAUAUAUACCCAAAUAUGAUUUACCUUUAUGUUUUGGCUAUAAGGCUCACCUGUUUAUAUGGUUGACAUUUCUGUGCAUGCUGAUUGAUACAUUGCCAUCGAUAGAUUUAAAAUAUAUAUUUGGUUUGUUGGUUUGCUGUUUCAGAUUUGAAGAUGUUUAUAUGAGUUUUAUUUUGUAUUAUGUUGAUGGCACCCAGUGUCAUCGCUAUAACAGUUUACAUGUACAUACUUCGCAUGUAAGUAAAGCUGUCUGUCUUGCACGCAUUAGAAAAGUAUCCUGUAGGAAGGCAGGCUAAACAAAAAAGUGGAAUAUGCAAUAAAACAAUUAAGGGUGAAAAUAAAGAAUAGUUCGAGUUUUACUCACAUCUUAUUGGUGAAAGAUGUGCAGAAAAACUUGA